CCCUGCUUCCCUGGGUCCUGGAGGUGGCACAGGCUCUGCUCUUUCUUGGGCUACCCGCCCCCUUCCCAAGACUGGCGUGCGCAAACUCAGAGCAGCGGAAACUCAAGCCCUGGGAAGCCGUGGCCCAAGGCCAAGGCUGACACUGGGCUGUAACUCCUAGCCCCUCCCUCCGCCUGGGCCGCUGGAAAGCUGACGGCAAGCAAAUUGCUGGGGGCAGAAAUGGCUGCCAGCGGCCGAGGUCUCAGCAGGGCCCUGCACUCCUCUGCCGGUCCUGCUUGGAAGCGAGCUCAGUCGGGAGCCCAGGGGCACCUGAAGUCCGAGUAUGAUGCCGUGGUGAUAGGAGCAGGACACAAUGGGCUAGUGGCUGCGGCGUACCUCCAGAGACAGGGGGUGAACACUGUGGUCUUCGAGAGGCGCCAUGUGAUUGGGGGUGCGGCUGUCACCGAGGAGAUCAUUCCAGGGUUCAAGUUCUCCCGAGCAUCCUAUCUCCUCAGCCUUCUGAGGCCACAGAUUUACACAGACCUGGAGCUGAAGAAGCAUGGACUGAAGCUUCACCUGCGAAAUCCCUACUCCUUCACCCCCAUGCUGGAAGAGGGCACGCCGGGCAAGGCGCCCAGGUCCCUUCUGCUGGGCACAGACAUGGCUGAAAACCAGAAGCAGAUCUCUCAGUUCUCACGGAGGGAUGCUCAGGCUUUUCCCAGGUAUGAGGAGUUCAUGAGACGCUUGGUGCUAGCCAUUGACCCCUUGCUGGAUGCAGCCCCAGUGGACAUAGCAGCCUUCCAGCAUGGCUCCCUGCUACAGAGGCUCAGGGCCCUGUCUGCCCUGAGGCCCCUGCUAAAGGCAGGGCACACCCUAGGAGCCCAGCUCCCCCAGUAUUACCAGGUCCUCACAGGCCCCAUUUCCAAGGUGCUGGACCACUGGUUUGAGUCUGAGCCUCUAAAGGCUACUCUGGCCACAGAUGCUGUGAUUGGAGCGAUGACCAGUCCCCACACUCCAGGGAGCGGGUAUGUGCUGCUGCAUCAUGUGAUGGGCGGCCUGGAGGGGAUGCAGGGCGCCUGGAGCUACGUCCAGGGUGGCAUGGGUGCCCUCUCCGAUGCCAUUGCAAGCUCAGCUACUACCCAUGGAGCAAGCAUCUUCACAGAAAAGACUGUGGCUAAAGUUCGAGUGAACAGUGAAGGCCACGUUCAAGGAGUUACGCUGCAGGACGGUGAGGAGGUCAGGAGCAAAGUCGUCUUGUCCUGUGCGUCGCCACAGGUCACCUUCUUGGAGCUGACGCCACAGGAGUGGCUUCCUGCGGCCUUUAUCAAGAGGAUCUCCCAGCUGGACACACAGUCUCCCGUUACGAAGAUCAACGUGGCUGUGGACAGGCUGCCCAACUUCCAGGCGGCCCCCAACGCUCCCAGAGACCAGCCACAACCCCACCAUCGGUGCUCCAUCCACCUGAACUGUGAAGACACCUUGCUCCUCCACCAGGCCUUUGAAGAUGCCAAGAGUGGCCUGCCUUCCCAAAGGCCUAUGAUUGAACUCUGCAUCCCCUCAUCGCUGGACCCCACCCUAGCUCCACCGGGCUGCCACGUGGUCUCCCUCUUCACUCAGUAUACGCCCUACACCCUGGCAGGAGGCAAGGCCUGGGAUGAGCAGGAGAAAAACACCUACGCAGACAAAGUGUUUGACUGCAUUGAGGCCUAUGCCCCUGGCUUCAAGAGUUCUGUGCUGGCCAGAGACAUCCUCACGCCAUGGGAUCUAGAGAGAAUCUUCCGGCUUCCUGGAGGGAACAUAUUCCACGGUGCCAUGUCUCUGGACCAGCUCUACUUUGCCCGUCCGGUUCCCCACCACUCUGACUACAGAUGCCCUGUCCAGGGCCUGUACCUCUGCGGAAGCGGGGCCCAUCCUGGAGGAGGCGUCAUGGGAGCAGCCGGGCGAAAUGCAGCCCACACGGUCCUUAGGGACCUCAAGAGCAUGUGACACCGGGCUAGCUCGGACAACAAGGAGAAAAGUUUUCCCUGCACUUCUGAGCCGUUCAGCAGGACCCCUGCCCAUGAUGCCCUGCUUCGAAGGAUGCCACUGGAGACAACUGCAUUAGCAAGGUGCCAUUGUUUCUUAAUUGGGACCCUAGUUACAUUUAUGAGAACUUCACCUUGCCCCAGGCCUUCACGGAUUAGCUGUGUUUGUCUUAUUAAAAACAAUGUUUUGUAUAGAGA